AUGGACACGGCCCCCCCACCCCCAACCUCCCUGGUGAGCUUCCCGGAUGUGGAGAGGGCAGAAUGGCUGAACAAGGUCCUGGCCCAGGCCUGGCCCUUUUUCGGGCAGUACAUGGAGAAGCUGCUGGUGGAGAACAUCGCUCCGUCCAUCCGAGCCUCCAACACCCACCUCCAGACCUUCACCUUCACCAAGGUGGACAUGGGCGAGAAGCCUCUCCGGGUCCUGGGGGUCAGGGCUCACCCCGGCGCCCACAAGAAGCAGAUCCUGCUGGACCUCAACAUCAGCUACGUGGGUGAUGUCCAGAUUGACGUGGAGGUGAAGAAGUUCUAUUGCAAGGCGGGGGUGAAAGGCAUGCAGCUCCAUGGGAUGCUGCGGAUCAUCCUGGAGCCCCUCCUCGGGGACGUGCCCAUCGUGGGGGCCCUCACCAUGUUCUUCAUCCGGCGCCCAAUCUUGGACAUCAACUGGACAGGGAUGACCAACCUGCUGGACAUCCCGGGGCUCAGCUCCAUGUCGGACACGAUGAUCAUGGACGCCAUCUCCUCCUACCUCGUCCUGCCCAACCGCCUCCUGGUCCCGCUGGUGCCCGACCUGCACGAAGCCGCCCAGCUCCGCUGCCCCCUGCCCCGGGGCGUGGUGCGGGUGCACCUCCGGGGUGCCCGGGACCUGCGGUCGAAGGACCGGUUCAUGGGGGGGCUGGUGGAGGGCAAGUCGGACCCCUAUGCCGUCCUGCGCGUUGGCACCCAGGUCGUCACCAGCCGCGUCAUCGACGACAACCUCAACCCCACCUGGGACGAGGUCUAUGAGUUCAUCGUGCAUGAGGUGCCAGGGCAGGAGAUGGAAGUGGAGCUCUUUGACAAGGACCCCGACCAGGACGACCUGCUGGGCAGGAUGAAGCUGGAUUUCGGGGAGGUGCUGAAGGCCCGGGUGCUGGACAAGUGGUUCCCGCUGCAGGAGGGGGGCCAGGGACGGCUCCACCUGCGCCUGGAGUGGCUCUCCCUCAUGUCUGACGCCUCCAAACUGGACCAGGUUUUGGAGAGGAACCGGACAAUCGUGGCCAAACCUGAUCCACCAUCAGCCGCCAUUCUGGUUGUGUACCUGGACCGGGCUGAGGACUUGCCCAUGAAGAAGCCGGGCAAGGAGCCCAACCCCAUGGUGCAGGUCUCAGUGCAGGAUGUCACACGGGAGAGCAAGGUGGUCUAUAACACAUCUGCUCCCGUCUGGGAAGAUGCUUUCCGCUUCUUCCUGCACGACCCCGUGAACCAGGACGUGGACAUCCAGGUGAAGGACGACCCCCGCCAGAGCAGCCUGGGCUCCCUCUCGCUGCCCCUCGCCCGCCUGCUCAACUCCCCAGAGCUGACGCUGGACCAGCCCUUCCAGCUCCAGCACUCGGGACCCGGCAGCCGCCUCUACAUGAAGCUGGUCCUGCGGUGGCUGCCACUGGAGGAGGUGAAGUCGGGGCGGCUGCACGUACGGCUGGAGAACCUGGCCCCCAGCCCCAGCGCUGCCCUCCUUGAGCAGGUCCUGCACACCAACAGCCUCCUGCAGCCCGCCCGGGGCGAGGAGCUCUCGGCCGCUCUCCUCUCUGUCUUCGUGGACCGAGCUGCCGACCUCCUGCUCCGGAAGGGCUCCAAGCCAUCCGCCACCUUCGCCAGCCUGGCCGUGCGCGACGUCUCCGUCAAGACCAAGACCUGCACCCCGUCGGCCGAGCCCGUGUGGGAUGAAGGCUUCUCCUUCCUCAUCAAGCGGCCCCACGUGGAGUCACUGGAGCUGCAGGUGAAGGAGGAGGGGGGGCAGCCCCUGGGUGCCCUCAGCCUGCCCCUGCCCCAGCUCCUGGCCUCCGAGGGGCUGGCACUGGACGGCUGGUUCCCGCUGGCUGGAGGGGGUCCCGGCAGCCAGAUCCUGCUGCGGGCGCAGCUGGGGCCCCCAGCCCCGGGCCCCCCCACCAGGGGUCCAGGGUCGGGGGGCCACUGUCCCUCUGCCGCCCCCCGCAGCCACCCCGAGCCGGCGGAGGGUCCCCUGGGGCGGCUGCAGCUCACGCUCUGGUACUACGGGGAAGAACGCAAGCUGGUGGCCAUCGUCCACGCCUGCAGGAAGCUGAGGGCGGUGUCAAAGGAGCUGCCGGACCCCUACGUGUCCCUGGUGCUGCUGCCCGACCGCAGCCGCAGCACCAAGAGGAAGACCAGCGUGCAGAAGAAGACCCUUAACCCCGACUUCAACGAGAGGUUCGAGUGGGACGUGUCCCUUGAGGAAGCCUCACGGCGUAAGCUGGAAGCUAACGUCAAAUCCACUGUGUCCUUCAUGUCACGGGAGAAGGAGGUGCUGGGGAAGAUCCAUCUGGAUCUGGCACAGGUGGAUCUGUCCGAAGGGGGAACCCACUGGUACGAGCUGCGGGACGAGCGGAGCAGCCCCUAGAGCUGGGCCCCUCCCCGGGCCCCCCAGUCCCCACCGUGCCUGGGGCUGUGG